AUGUCUGACGUGGGAGCGGCGGUUGUGGCUCUCGAGGCCACGCCACCGCCAGUGGUCGCCGUUCCGGUCGCAGAAAGUCCGAAGAACUCAACGUCGGCUGUUGUAGUUCCGGCAAAAGCCGUUGACCCUGUAGAUAGAUAUACAGCUCUCGCUGUACGUGUAAGUUUUUUUUUAUUUUCUGACAUUCAACGUUUGUUAUAAAUAUAGGGAGCGAUCGUUGGUGUCGGAGUCGCUGGUGUUGUUAUAUUUUUGAAAAACUCCAGAAUUGUAAGUUUUUUUUUCCAUGUUAGCUUGGUUUUUUUCAAAGUAUCUUUUAUUGAUGUAGAAAAAAUCCGUUGACAUUGUUUACAGUUUUCUAAGUUCGAGCAUGUCAGCCAGAUUCCAAAGGACUUUGUUCGCAAAGAAUUAGAACUGAAAGGCCGUGUUAGAGAGGUGAAAUAAGUAGUGAAAUGAAUUUUUGUUGAUUUUUGAAAAUUACAGGUCUUGCCGUCCGGCGAACUUCGCGUGGAGCAUGAGCCAAUAAUGAAAGUCCCUUUUUUCUCUUCAAAAAAAGCUAAAGUUUAUUGAUACUAAAAAGCCCAAGAAAAGUAAUGGAUUCUCAGCCCGGACUUCUAAACAUUCGGUUAGCGGGUGUUGAUCUUUCACAAGCAGGGCAGCAGUUUCUGACCAAGGAUUUGCGUCUGCUCAAUAAACCUGUCACGUUCACCGUCAUAAAGGUGUUAUAUCCAAUCUAUAAUUUUUAUGACCCUGUUAUCAAUUUCAUCUUCAGAUAUGUGAUAUUUUGUUUUAUUCAGAGCUCGGAAGGAGCUCCUGAAAGCGUCGAUGCCGACGUCACUCUUAAAAAAGUGAGUUAAAAAAAAAGUCGAUUGAUUCUUCAUUUCCCGGUUGUUUUUGUUGAUCGCAAUACCUAAUAUUAUAAAUAUAUGGUUUUUUUAAUAGUGGAGCCAUCUCAAAAAGUUUAUUCUAUAUAUGAUAUUGAGCGAAAAUUAAUUCAAUUUAACAGGAACUUCACUUUCUACUCUUCUUCAAAGUGAUUCGGCUUCUAAUUUUUGCUCUAAAAAUUUCGAUCUGAAAAAUUGACAGUUAUGGAUUUUUUGAAUUAACUAUCUUUUCUGGCAAGCUUUGCUGUUGUGGAAUAUUUUAGAAGCUUCCAUUCACUUUAAAUACGAUGAACUUUAACGCUUAGAAAGAUUCAAUGAAUAGGAUUUAUUCUCUUCAGGCCGCUUUUGGUCGUACCAAUCUGAACAUCGAAGUGGUCCGCCGUGGCUAUGCCCGCGUGCCUUCGCCCGAUCAGACGAGGCAUCUCAAUUAUUUGCAGACUAUUCCGGCCUAUUCUCGGUUGAUCAGCCGACUAUUGAUGAGUGAGAAGGUAAUCUUUUUUUCAGUAAAAGUCAGAAAUCGACCUUUGAUUUAAAACUUUACAUAUAUUUUGAUCAGCCAAAGACUUUAGUAAAAUCUUCAAAAUCUACAAACUCUUUCUCUCUUAUUUCAGUGUUUCAGAUAGCCGAUCGAAGAGGUGUCGGCGUUUGGGAACGCGAUACCUGGGUAGAGUCGGUACAGUCCUAUCCGUCGCAAGUCUCUGGAAUCGUCAAGUCUGCCGCCAUCACAAAAGCUCUAGUUUGUUUUUUAUAUUUUUGAGAACUGCUGAUAUUAAAAGCUGCGCUUUAGUUGAUAUAUUUAAAGUUUUGCUUCGAAUAAGUUAGUUCAUUCCUUAUACGCACAUAAACUCCAAUUUUUGCAGUUAAUUGAUAAUUUUGUUCAAUUUUAGGAAAAAAAUUUCUACACACUUUUUCUAUUUUUUGGUUUUUUUAUCUUUGGAUUGUUGUUACAUGUAUUUUCAAACUUGAAGAAAUCUUGUUUGGAAAUUCAAAAAAGAUGCUCCUUUUUUUUCAUCGUUUGCUGAAACGAACGAUUAAAAAAAUCAAUUUCGAUCUUCUAAAAAGAUUAUUUUUGGUUUUUUUCAAAUCUAAAAGAGAGAUUGCAGUACGUCAAACGACGUUAGUUUGAAAAAGGCAUUUACGGCCUACUCGUUUGAAAUUUUUUUUUCAGAGUAUUAGGUUUUUUUUCAAACAAAAUGAACGAAAAAUUUCAACUUUUUUCUUUUUUGUAGACUCCAUAUUUUUUAUAGGAUGUUUUUUCCCGAGGAAAUUUUGCUUUUACUCUUUCUCAUGUUACUUGAACUUUUUCUAUAUUUUCUAUGAGAAGCCCGGUCCCGCUUUCUGCCUGUCGUCAGUUCCAGAACUGUGCGUUUGACCGAGGUUGAUGGCCGAAUCGGCCCACAAUCGUUGCAAUCGCGAUCUUUAUUAUCUCGUUUCAUAAUUUGCAUCACAUCAUUUUCUCAAAUAACACAUUUUCGAUCACUUACUACCCAUUCACACACUCUGUGAAAAUUUCGAGACGAGAAUGUUCGAAAAGUGACAAAUUUUCGACCGCGUUGCAACACUAUUGCCAGUCCGGCUGGCCCAGAGCUCAGCUCUGGUCAGUUCUUUUGAAAACUCCUUCAAACUUUCUAGAAUAAAUUACACUUUCAUCUUAGACUAAAUCAUGUUAUUAUGAUAAUUCGACAGGUGUUGCUGUUCAACGUGACGCGUGACGUCGUGCUCUACGGAGUGAAGCUGACGCAGCAGCUGUACACGCUGACCUUGUUGGUGUUCAGCUACAUUUCCCGCGGCUACCGUUCUUUCUCGCGUGGCGUCGACACUCUCUCAGACAAGUACAGUCGUGUGAGGCAACGAUUGAAGUAA